UUGCUGCACUAGGCUAUAGGGAGAAUAUUGGUAACCUGGUGAGAUCCAUUGAAGCUGUUAGAAACUAUAUUGAUGGCUCUACUCCAAGGCCACGCGUUGUGAUAGACUGGAAGAGAGCUUAUAGGGAUCUCCUGAAAUUAAUGUCAAGAAUCAAAACAAUAGUCAUCAAUAAAACAAUGGCAGUACUUGAGCAAGAAAAGGAAAAGAAAGAAGAGAUGAUAUUAAGGAGUCUCACUCCAGCUCAGCUGAGAGCUACAAUGACACUGCGAGAAAUGCUUGAAAUUGCUCGCUUUGCUAGUGGAGUAAGUGGGAAGUCGUCCCGGGAAAUCUUGCUCUCUGCUCCAGAGAGCACCAUCACCCAGUGGAGGAGAGAAAAGAGGGAGAGACUAGAAAUGGAAGCAAAAUUGAGUUUUUCAGCCAUUGUGGCAGGAAAUAAGUCUAUAGACAGCAGCGCCACAGAUAAAGGUAUUUUUAGUUCCAAAAAAUGAAUACUUAUAGUGUGU